AUGUCGGAAAAUGAAGGAGAGGAGGAGAAACCUCUGAACUCUCUCCUCGCUAACACGCGCAAGUCCCGGAGAAUCUUCCUCUUCUCGUCUGCCGUCCUUGGAUCCAUCGCAUUGGGGAUUGGGCUGCGUCAGGAGGAGGCGAAGGAUCUCGCCAUGCCGGGCGGCAGGGGUGCAGCAGCGAAGGUGAAUGCGUUGAGAGCAGAUGCGGACGCCACGAAGAAGGAGCUGCAGAACAUCAGGAAGGAGCUGCAGAACGACUUGGCGGACCUCAGAAACGGGAUGGACGCGGAGCUGAAGAAGAUAGAGGAUAUCUUGCUGGAGGGAGACAAGGACCUGAAGCCCCUGAAGCCCAAGGACACCAAGUCGUUGGACUCGAUGGUGCGGGCGCAGGUGAAGGGGUCGGAGGAGAGCAUCGUGAACGCGCUCAAGGAGGUGGAGGAAAGUCUGCUGGACGAGAAGAUGAGGAGAGAGGUAAGGGGGAUCAAGUCUGAAUUCAUGCAAAAACAAAUCGAACUUGCUUCUGAGUUGAGAUCUACGGCGUACAAGGUCAACGACAAGGAUCUGCAACAGCAGCUGCUGCAGGAAGCCAUGGACUUGCUUGAGAUCGACCCGACAAGGCCCCUCUCGCUCAAGGAGAAGCUUCGUCGUCAAUGGAGCAGCUUGCAGGGGGUGGUGGAGGAGAAGGUGCUGAAGAAUGAAGACAUGCUGAAGCAGCUGGAUCAAGUGCUGCCCUUCGAUCUCUACAAGAAGGAGAUCAAGGGAGAUGCAGAGUACAUCACCUUCCCCUUAUUUGGAGGAAUGACGGUGGAGAAGGCAACGCUGAGCCCUCUGCAAGUCCUCCAAGGAGGUCUGCUCGCCGGAGCAGCAGGGGAGAUUCUCAAGGACUGCGUCUCGUUCCCCAUGGACACGAUCCGUACCAGGCUGAUGACGCAGGGCUCUUUCCUCCCCCCCAAACACUCGCCAGAGGCAUCGGAGGAGGAGGAUUUUACUGAGGGUCAAGUGACGGUGGUCGAGGGGCCGGAGAUCGACCUCACGCUCUAUACAAAGGAUGUCGGGAGGGGAACUGUGAUGAUCAACAAGCCCAGAGAGGAUCCUCGUCGUCUAAUCAAGCGGCUGGGAGAGCAAGGAUCCGCCAUGGUCAGCCAGGCGCUGAAGCCCUACAAGGUGCAGCUGCAAAACUUGCAAGCAUGGCGACGAGGCGAGCGGAUCUGGAACGAGACGACCGUGACACUGAGGAGAGGAGAGAGGAUCUGGUCUGAGACGACCCGCAUCAUGAACACCAACUUCUGGUCGAGGCUCCCGAUCAAAGUCCCCCAGGGACUCUUCAACGAUGUCUACCGGGGGGUGACGCCUGUCCUGCUCGCCAGCCCCAUCCAGGGAGCCUUCUUUUUUGGAGCCAAGGACGUGCUCAAGAAGGUCAUGCCUGCUUCAGGCUUCAACCCCACACAGACGUUCCUUGCUGGUAUCGUGCUGGCAGACUCAGUCUACUGGCUCGUACGUUGUCCAGCUGAGACCGUGAAGACGAGGGUGCAGACGGGCCUGGAGCCCAACUUUGUGGAGAGUGCCAAGACUAUCCUGAUGAAAGAAGGGCUGUACGGCUUCUAUCGCGGUUACAUCCCGCUCCUUCAGCUGGACUUUCCCUUCACCAUCCUCAACUUCGCGCUCUUCACAGCCUACCAGGGACUGGUGAGCACUUACUUCGGUCACGAACCCACCAUCUCCGAUCAGUUCGUGGGAGGAUUCAUCUGCUCCGCCAUCACGGCGGGUCUGACAUGCCCGCUGUCAGUGGCGAGCACGCGAAUUCUGAUGGACUCAGGGGGAAAUGACCAGGAGGAGGAGGAGGAGGAGGAGAAGGAGAAGGAGCCGGUGUACACGGGAGCCGCUGCAGGUGACAAGAGCUCGUGGACGGAGCUCAAGACGUGGAUAGAGGAAGGCAUCCACAACAUCUCCAAGGACUCCGCGCUGGCUGAAGCCGAGGCGGCGGAGGGGGAGGAUGCGGCGAACGUCGGGGUCAUGGAUCGUCUUGCCUUGGCUUCUGAGAAGACGAUAGAGUUUUUCAACCCGGGCAAGGAGGACGAGCAAGCUGGCAAGGAAGGCCAGGCUUCACCUGCGGGUGCUCGCAAGGCCGAAGGGGCCAAAAGUCGCCGGUACACAGACAUGCUGGGGACGAUGAAGACGAUCGUGGAGGAGGAAGGGAUCAGAGCUCUUUUCAAGGGCGUCGUGCCGCGCGUGCUCCAGCUGGGGCUCAACCACGCCAUCCGCUUCAGCGGCUACCAGGCCUCGAGGGACGUGCUGGUGCAUGGAAUGUUGGAGGGUGACUUGGAUCGCACGCUCAUUCGCAUGUUCACGGGAGGGUUUCUGCCCAAGUAG